AUGAACGGUACAAAGGAAUUGCUGCGCACGCGGUGUGUAUGGCUGUCUUUGUUUUCUCCUGCUACUCCGCUUUUUGUGCUUCAUCCUGACGCAAUACUAGUACGAAGCCAUUUCCUUCUUAUUCCGCCUUUUUUCCUUUGUCUCUCUCUCCUCCCGCAGUCAGGCUGCACUGCUGCUGCUGCCACUCACACGAAACCAAUAAAUGCGAUUUGCUCAGACCAUUCGCCAGCCACGCCACGCCGCUUCUCCCACUGGUGGUGUUGCUGCUGGUGUACUGCGCCAGCGGGGUGUAUUGUCGCUGCACCCGCUCUGGAGCUUCGCCGUGGAUUUGACACGGUGAGGAGGCGGGGCGCGUUGCAGGCGUACACCGUCGCCACACAGAUUGACAGCAGUGGCUGGGAACCGAACCGCAUCGCGGUUUCCACGGAGGAUCUGGAGAACACGAACAAGAGAAAUUACUGCGAAGAGGGAAGGGAUGAGUGCUACAACGUCUUGGGGGACACAAUGACUUGUAAAGUCGAGCACCCCUUGACGGAAGAAAGGAGGCAUUUGCAGACUGAGAAGAUUAUACACGGUGCCGCCCAAUUGCACGCUGAGUUCUUCUCCAUUUCUUGCGCGAUGGACCUCCAUCGCCAGCGCAACAGGCGGCGAGGUUGCUGUUGCUGUUUCAUCUGUUGUGUGUUCCCCACUGAUACUGCGAGGUGCGGGGGUCGGACGUGGCGGCGGUGGGGCGAAAAUAAGGGAGGAGGAGGAUGGUGCGUGCGUGCGGGAGGGCCAUGGGGAUGCAUGUUGCGGUGCGCGGCAGAGGAGGGCAAGGGAGGGUCCCUGCGGCGUUGGAAUGCAGUGCACUGUUUGCGGACUCGAUGUGCCCCUUUGUUGCAUGGUGUGUCUUGGUGUCCCUUUCUCGAGUGUGUGAUGCCAGCCGGCUCUUCACGAUUGUGGCGAUGA